AUGUCAUCAGAUGAUAUAAAUACAGAUAAUGCAAUUCAAAAUGAAUUGGCAAUGUUAUUAGACAAGGUUGGAGAUAAUGAUGAUAAGAGAUAUCAAGAUAGUGGAGAUGAAAAGGACAAUGACAACAAUGACAAUGAAGAAAAGAGUGAUAAUGGUAGUGAUUAUGACCCAGCAGAUUUUGUAAUUCCAGAUGAAUUGGAUACAGCCAAACCACAAGCAUAUAGAACAAGAGGAGGUAAUACUGGUAUCAAGGGUGUAUUGGGAGACUAUGCAGAACAUCAAAACCAAAAACGACAAGACUAUCUCUCUAAACAACAACUCAACAAAGCAAUGCUAGAAAAGAUGUGUGUCACUGUAAAAGAUGAUAAGAAUCAAAAACCAACAGACAAGGAUGACGAUAAACAAGAUAGUGAUGAUGAAGACCUACAACGUAUUCGUCAACAACGUUUAAAUGAAUUAAAAAAUAAGCAACAAAAACAAAAGAAUAAUAAUAAUAGUAAUAAUAAUAGUUGUUGUGAUUCAUUACCAUCAUAUUUACGUCCACAAGUUUAUGGAUUCUUGAAACAAAUUUCAAAAUCUGAAUAUAUUGAUGAAGUUGAUAAUGUACCACCAAAUGUUUUUGUUAUAAUUCAUUUAUUUCAAAAUUAUAUACCAGAAUGCGUUAAAUUAAAUCAAUUAUUAUCACAAUUGGCUGUUAAAUAUUCACAUAUUAAAUUUUUAAAGAUUUUAUCUACGGAAGCCAAAGUUGGAUAUCAUGAUGAAGCAUUACCAACACUUCUUGUAUAUAUCGGUGGCCAAUUGUUGGUAUCUUUUAUUCCAGUCACUGAGGAAUUGGAAGGAAAAUAUGUAAAAGAAGAUUUGGAAUUAUUAUUGGCAAGUUACGAUAUCAUUCCAAAUCCAGAUGUCAUUCAAAAUCAAAAUUGGGAAAAAUCAUUAUCACUCAACAAACAAUCAAGACAUGAUGAUAAUGAUUAUUCUGAUGAAAGUGAUAAUAGUCGUGAUUAA